AUGUCUCGUUACGACAGAGCGGUGACGGUUUUUUCUCCGGAUGGUCAACUGCUUCAAGUCCAGUAUGCCCAAGAAGCAGUGAAGAGGGGCUUCGCAGCCGUGGGGAUAAAGGGCACGAAUAUAGUAGUACUGGCCGGGGAGAAGCGAGCGUUAGCCAAGCUUCAGGAAGACAGGAUGGAGAAGAAGAUAUACCCGCUGGAUGAACAUUUGGCGCGUUUCUCUGGGUGGGCUGCUGACGCCAGAGUUAUGGUUUCAAGGGCCCAAAUCGAAUGCCAAGCCUUCCGUCUCAUGGUAGAAGACAAGGUGACGGUGGAGUACAUCGCACGAUACAUCGCGGGGCUGAAGCAGAAGUACACGCAGGGCAACGGCCGCAGGCCCUUCGGCAUCUCCUGCGUGGUUGGAGGGUUCGACUGCGACGGGACACCGCAUCUGUUCCAGACGAACCCUUCCGGGACGUAUUAUGAGUGGCAGGCCUGCUCAGCGGGUAGAUGCGACGGGGCGGUUCUCGAGUUUCUGGAAAAGAACUACAACCAGAAAAGCAUCGCCACGGAUAAUGGAGCCAUCAAGCUAGCCAUCAGAGCGCUUCUGGAGGUGGUUCAGGGAAGAGAUCAAAGGAAGUUGGAAGUGGCCGUGUUGAAGCAAAACGAACGUGUCAAAAUGCUGAAUAUACACGCGAUAAACGCCAUCAUCGCGGAUAUAGCGAGAGAGAACGAAGAGGAAAGGGAACUUAAGAAAUAA